AUGGAUCUCGUCAACCACCUCGAAGGAAGACUGCUCUUCGCUGUCCCCAAAAAGGGCCGUCUUCAACAAGCUACGCUGGACCUCCUGGCCGGCUGCGACAUCCAGUUCCGUCGCGAAACCCGCCUGGACAUCGCCCUGGUCAAGAACCUUCCUAUCGCCCUCAUCUUCCUUCCCGCCGCAGAUAUCCCCACCUUUGUCGGUGAAGGCCGUGUUGAUCUUGGUAUCACCGGACGCGACCAGAUUGCCGAGCACGAUGCGCUGCUGCCCCGCGGCGAAGUCUCGAACGUGGAGGAGGUCAUGGACCUCGGCUUCGGCGCCUGCAAGCUCCAGGUGCAGGUUCCGGAGAAGGGCGACAUCACUGAGGCCAAGCAGCUGAUUGGCCGCAACAUUGUCACCAGCUUCACUGCUCUCACUGAGCAGUUCUUUGCCAAGCUCGAGGGCAAGAGCGAGGCUGACAAGAGCGAGCUCAGCACGAAGAUCAAGUACGUCGGCGGCAGUGUUGAGGCUGCUUGCGCUCUGGGCGUUGCUGACGGCAUCGUUGACCUUGUUGAGUCCGGUGAGACCAUGAAGGCCGCUGGUCUCAAGGCCAUCGACACCGUCGUCGAGACCAUCUCCGUCCUGGUCAAGUCCAAGAAGACCCAGAACCCUCUGGUUGACCUGAUUGCUUCCCGUAUCCGCGGUGUCAUCACUGCCCAAAAAUACGUCCUGUGCCAGUACAACAUCCCCCGCGGAGAGUUGGCCACCGCCUCCAAGAUCACCCCCGGCAAGCGCGCACCCACGGUGACCGCCCUGGAAGAAGACGGCUGGGUGGCCGUCAGCUCGAUGGUCGAGAAGAAGAAGAUCGCGACGGUCAUGGACGACCUGACCAAGGUUGGCGCAACGGAUAUUCUGGUCCUGAACAUCGCCAACUCGAGAACGGGUUAA